UAUGAGGGAAAUGUUUCGUUUAUUUCUUACUAUUAGUUUAAUCGCAAAAUAUGACUUUUUACCACAAGGACCAGGUUGGGUUAGAGUUACAUCAGAGAAAAAUAAUGGAAAAAGUCAAGGAUCAACAGGAGAAAACAAUCCUGGGUCAACUGGUGGACAUUAUCCUGGAUCAACUGGGAGUAAAUACCCUGGGUCAGCAGGAGGAUAUUAUCCAAGUGGAAACUACCCAGGAUCAACAGGUGGAAACUAUCCUGGGUCAACGGGUGGAAAUUAUCCUGGAUCAACUGGGAGUAAAUACCCUGGGUCAACAGGAGGAUAUUACCCAAGUGGAAAAUACCCAGGAUCAACAGGAGGGUAUUAUCCAAGUGGAAACUAUCCAGGAUCAACAGGUGGAAACUAUCCUGGGUUAACUGGUGGAAAUUAUCCAGGAACAACAGGAGGAUACUAUCCAAGCGGAAACUACCCAGGAUCAACAGGAGGAUAUUACCCAAGUGGAAAUAACCCAGGAUCAACAGGAGGGUAUUAUCCAAGUGGAAACUAUCCAGGAUCAACAGGAGGAUAUUACCCAAGUGGAAAAUACCCAGGAUCAACAGGUGGAAACUAUCCUGGGUCAACUGGUGGAAAUUAUCCUGGAACAACAGGAGGUUAUUACCCUAGUGGAAACUACCCAGGAUCAACAGGAGGAUAUUAUCCAAGCGGAAACUAUCCAGGAUCAACAGGAGGAUAUUACCCUAGUGGAAACUAUCCAGGGUCAACAGGAGGGUAUUAUCCAAGUGGAAACUAUCCAGGAUCAACAGGAGGAUAUUACCCAAGUGGAAAAUACCCAGGAUCAACAGGUGGAAACUAUCCUGGGUCAACUGGUGGAAAUUAUCCUGGAACAACAGGAGGAUAUUAUCCAAGCGGAAACUAUCCAGGAUCAACCGGAGGAUAUUACCCUAGUGGAAACUACCCAGGAUCAACAGGAGGAUAUUAUCCAAGCGGAAACUAUCCAGGAUCAACAGGAGGAUAUUACCCAAGUGGAAACUACCCAGGAUCAACAGGAGGGUAUUAUCCAAGUGGAAACUAUCCAGGAUCAACAGGAGGAUAUUACCCAAGUGGAAAAUACCCAGGAUCAACAGGUGGAAACUAUCCUGGGUCAACUGGUGGAAAUUAUCCUGGAACAACAGGAGGAUAUUACCCUAGUGGAAACUAUCCAGGAUCAACAGGAGGAUAUUACCCAAGUGGAAAAUACCCAGGAUCAACAGGUGGAAACUAUCCUGGGUCAACUGGUGGAAGUUACCCAGGAACAACAGGAGGGUAUUAUCCAAGUGGAAAUUACCCAGGAUCAACAGGAGGAUAUUAUCCUGGAUCAACUGGGGGCAAAUACCCAAAUGGGAACAAUCCAAGGUCAGGUGAUGAAAAUAAUUUUUGCUCAUCCAAUCCUUGUAUGAACGGCGGAGUCUGUAAAUCAGUUUCACCAUCAUUUGAAUGUGUAUGUCCAGAGGGUUUCACAGGAUAUAAUUGCGGACUUAUGAAAAAGGAUGCUUGUAAAAAUAGCUAUUGUGAAAACAAAGGAACAUGCGUCAGCUAUAGAAGCUCUACGAGAGAAGUAUCUUAUGUUGUAAGCUGUAUUUGCAAAGAAGGUUUUUUUGGAUCUCGAUGUGAAAAGAGUUCUCCUUGCCUGGAGAACCCAUGUAAAAAUAAUGGAAAAUGUUUCGGAGUUGCAAAUAGCCGUGAAUAUAGAUGUAAAUGUAACAAAGGUUUUGAGGGAAAGCAUUGCGAUAGCCCAACUCCUAAACUAUGUAAUUCUACAACUUGCAAAAACAAUGGCAGAUGUUAUCAAUGGAAGAAUGGAAAAACAGAAUUAAGUGAAGUUUUUUGUAAAUGUGCUGGAAAUUUUACGGGUGAGAACUGCUCAGAAAGGAUUAUUGACGGAUGCGCAAAGAAUCCUUGCGAAAACAAUGGAACGUGUCAUAGUUACGGAAGUACAGGAAAGUAUUAUUGUAUUUGUUCUAAAGACUUUGUAGGAUUUAACUGUAAAUCACCUAAUCCUUGUAAUUUACAUUCCUGCAAUGGAAAAGGACAAUGCUGGGUUUCGUACUCUUAUCAACGAGAAAAAGUUGUAGCAAUUGCUAAGUGUAGUUGUAAUCCACCUUUCGCUGGAAAUAACUGCCAGAUAACCAAUCCAUGUUACACUAACGAAAUCUGCAAGAAUGGAGGAACUUGUCGUGCACAUUUGACCUACAAUUAUACCGAGGAGGGAGAUUAUGUAGAGCAAUUUGUAGAACCUUUCUGCCAAUGUUCGAAUCUAUAUGCAGGAAAAUUUUGCGAGAUUCUUGAUCCAUGUAUUAGCAAUAAUCCUUGCAAAAAUGAAGCACUUUGUUACUCGCAUCACCAAUUAUAUUAUGAUAAUGAAAAGCGAUGGAAUAAAGAAUUCACAACAUCUAAUUGCGAAUGUCAGCUAGGAUAUGAAGGAAGAUAUUGCGAAAUUAAAAUUAUAGAUCCUUGCGAAGAAAAUCCAUGUCAAAAUGGAGGAACUUGUAAACUUGAUAAAUACGAUAAAAGAAAAUACGAAUGUAUUUGUCCUAGUGAAUUUGAAGGAGAAACUUGUGAAGAUAAGCAAAUUAUGGCUUGUAGUUUUGAAAAAGAUUGCCCUGAACUUCACCUUACAGACAACAAAAAGUACAAGUGGAUUAUUCAAAUAGGAUCAACAAGUUCUGCAAGAACAGGACCAGAAAAGGCAUUUGAAGGAUUGAAAUACAUUUAUGCCGAAUCGUCUAAACCAGCCAAACAAGGAGAUCAAGCCUCGAUUAAAUCAAAUUUUUUUACCUUAGAAUCAGUUUCGUGUAUAUCUCUUCGUUACCAUAUGUACGGUCCUCAUAUUGAAAAGCUAGAGGUAUAUGUUGAAAAUGAAUUAGGUCAGAUAGGAGGAGCAUGGGGAAGAAAGGGACAACAAGGAUAUGAAUGGUUACAAAUGAGCUUAGAAGUUCCAGUAGGUCGAUAUCGUUUAGUUAUAAAAGCUACACGAGGAAUUAGCUAUCGUGGAGAUAUUGCCAUUGACAACAUAGUAUGGAUGAAUAGAAGCUGCUUUGAAUUUUAAAUAUAAGAAUUUAAAGAACAAAACAUUAGCUAUACAAAUUUUAAAUGAAAUAGAACUCAAUACAAAAGAAAAGACAAUCAUU